AUGGAGACGAAAACGCUGCUCAACGCGCUGUCGCCGCAGCUUCAGGCGCUGGUGGAAGCGUCUUUGGGGGCCAAGCUGCCGCCUCCCACUGCACCGCCUAAGCGAACACACCAAGCCCCACUUGCCCAAAAUGAGGCGAAGACGCAGCCGGAGACGUCGAGUUCUCUGGACCCCACAGAUCGUGCAGCGAAACUCAAUCCGUCGGAGCUCUUCUCUCUGAAGCACCCCGAGUCUCCUGGUUUCGUGGUGAAGGAGGGGUUCCUGGGGCGGCAGAACGCGUUGGCGGUGAGGGACGCACUGACGGAGCUGGCCCAGAGUGAGACGUUCCACGAGGCAAAAGUAGGCGCUGGAGAGAACGCCCGCAAUGACCGAGCGGUGCGUGGAGACAAAAUCCUCUGGAUCCAGACUCCGAGCGACCUGAACGCCCCGACGGAUGGCGACAAGGGCGCGAGCUCUGCGAUUCUGUAUCUUCGCAGGCAGGUGGAGUCACUUGUGUACGGACUCAAGAAGGUCUCGCCGGAGUUGGAUCUGCGCAAUGUUGUGUCGACGCAGUUCGCUGUCUUCCCAGGAGAUGGAGCUCGGUUUGUGAAGCAUUUCGACACGUACUCGAACGCACAGCGAGACGAACGGAGCGUGAUGUCAAAGGAUGGUUUGGUCCGCCUUGUCACGUGUGUAUACUACCUGAAUGACGCCUGGGAGCCUGAGCAUGGUGGAGAGCUUCGCGUUCAUCUGAAGGACUCCACACACUUACGAGGGUGUAAGUGGGACGUUCCUCCCAAGCUGGACACAUUGAUGGUAUUCCGGAGCUUAGAUGUCGAGCAUGAAGUGCUGCCGACGUAUCUUGAGCGCAAGGCUGUGACAAUUUGGUAUUACGGUAAGCCGCCAGAAGCUUCGUUACCUCAAGCCAAGCCUACAGAGACUAAAGGCAUGGCUGUAUCGCGCCCACUACCCUCGGUAACCGGUGAACAGGUCGGCCAUGCACAACAAGCUUCAAUUUUCGUCGCUAUCCCGAGUUACCGCGACUCGGAAUGCAGACACACAGUCGAUAGCUUGCUAGCACAAGCGACAUUUCCCGGUCGAGUUUCCGUUGGCAUUUGCCUACAGGUGGACGAUGACGACGAUACCCAAGCGUAUCUCGAGAACAAAUACGCUACAUUCCAGGCCCGAGUGCAUCGGGUGGACUAUCGGAAAGCUGCUGGCCCGUGUGUGGCCCGUGCACAGGCGCAGCAAAUGUGUCAGGGCCGGUAUCUUCUCUUUUCUGGGCUGCUGGGUUUGCAUUCUCGUCGUCUGCAGUUAUCGAGGAAGUACCAUACGAUGAUUCGCUUCGCUUCUUGUUCUUCGGCGAAGAACCAUCCAUGGCUGCGCGGUUGUGGACUUCCGGGUGGAACUUCUUCGCACCUUCGGAGACUGUCGUUUAUCACCUUUGGACCCGAGCGCAUCGUCCUGUUUUCCAGGAGUUGGAGGAUGAGGAGACCAAAGAGUGGCGUGCAUCCUCGUCUCGAUACGUGA